UAUUUUCAACCAGAUGUUACAUGUUUUGAAAGCAGAAUAAAUUUCUUCCGGUACCCACAUUAUAAUUUAUUUGCCAGGCGACUAUUUUAAAACUUUUGUAAGAAAUUGUAGUGGUGUGGUGUUGAAAAUUAAUUUUUGUUGGCAAAUUUACUGAUGUUACAAAUUUUUUUUUAAACGGAUUGAGUUUAAAGAGUUAAAAAUAGGAUGUAUUUCUACGCAGAGGAUAGCCAGGGGAAAACGGUUGAUCUAGACGAAGCAAAGAAUCAUGCUAAUGAUGUAAUCCUCAGGGAAAGCGUACCUGCAGAUCUGUUGAAGCUGUUCUGUACCCUAAUCCAGAGAUCAUCUUUAGACUUAUUUGUUCACAUUAACAACUAUCUAAGAAGAGUAACUUCAGGGGAGAGUUCUUUCGUCCUGUAUUUUAGCCAAUUAGUUAAAGAAGGCAUUAUAUCUGUCAUAGGAGAAAAUAUCUUGUCACCACAAAUUAGGCUCACUCACAAUGAUCCAUUAUUUGGUACUCUUCUAAGUUAUAGCGAAAGCAUCAUUAUAAACACCCGCUGCCUGCCGGAACAGCUUAUUGAAGAGAUCAACUCUGACCUGUUCAGUCAUCAACACUCAGGGGCACUGAGACAAGUACUGUUCAUCCCAAUCUAUGGCCCUGGGGAGGUGGCGCCAGUUUUCUGGGUCGGUCUGGCCAACUCAGAACAAAAUAUGGAAGCUGCACAAAGAGAUGAAGCUCUCGUGUUUGAAAGCUGCAGAUAUUGUGUAGCUUUAAUAAAGAAUACAUUGAGAUAUGAAGAAAUGAGGCAACACCACAUCCGCCUUAAACUUCUUAUUUCUGCUAUUUGGGACUGCAGUAAACACAUCGACGACAUGGGAGUUUUGAACAACAUUCUUAAAGAAAAAUCUUGCGAAAUAUUCGAAUGUGAAACUUGUUCAAUAUAUUUAAAAGAAGACAGGAAAUUAGUGUCAAGAACGACUGAAUACGGUUCCCCGUUUGAUUUUCACAACCGGGGAUUGUAUGAUAUUGUUAUUCCUGUUGGCCUUGGGUAUACAGGCAGUGUAGCUGCCAGCGGUGAAAUAGUGAGCACAACCAAAUACCAAAUCACUGGGCAAAUUGAUUUUUGCACCGCACUGGAUAAAUAUUCUGGACAGGAAACAAGAAAUCUCAUGGCAUUCCCGAUGCCAUUCAAAGAUAUUCCUGUGUAUGGAGUCAUGGAGGUAGCCAACAAAGUUGAAAAGAAUAAUUUUACUAAAGUCGAUGAAAUGUAUGCAAUGUGCUUUGGAAAAUUGGCCGGAUCCCUUCUUUAUCAUUCACUCCAUUUAAGAAAGACAUCAGCCAACUAUGAAAAUAAGGAAAUAAUAAAUUCAUUCUUGUUGAGGCACAUGAAGGUGAAAAAUAGAGACAUCCAUGAUCUAUUCAGAGUGCUUGAUAUUCCAGAUAUUGAGAGUUAUUACUCGCCCACAUGCCUUCCAAGUAGUACAAAUGAAAAUGAAACUGUUCUUGUUAUUAUUAACAUUUUUUCUGAGCUUGACAUUAUUACUCAUUACGGCAUUCCUCCUAUUAAACUCUUAAGGUUUAUUCUAAAUGUGAAAAAGAGUCAUCAAAAGCUGCCCUUUUUCAACUGGUUUCACACCUUUUGCUGUUUUCAAUUUGCGUUUAUGUUAGUGGCAACCCAUGAGCUGGUACAGAAAGAGUAUUUGUUGGAAAUUGAAGUUUUUGCUAUGCUCUUGGCUGUACUAUGUCAUCAUAUGGAUUAUCGUGGCUCACUGUCCUGCUUUCAAUUGACAACUGGUAAUGUUUUAGAGAGUCUUUACAGUUCUCCCGGACAACUGUCUAGACACUAUGCCAUCGGGCAGACGUUUCGUUUAUUAAAUGACCCAAGCUGUUCAAUUUUAGAGAAUGUUUCUGAUGAUCAAUACAAAAAGAUAUUACUACUUAUUGACAAAAUGAUUUUAGCUACUGAUCUCGCUGACCAUCUUAAUCGAAUGUAUGUUUAUGAAGAUCUGAUCGGAAGAGUUUUUAAUUUUGAGUUGGAAGAAGACAGAGAAUUAUUAUACCAAUUGAUAAUUGGUUGCAUUGAAAUGAAUGAUUAUGCAAGACCGUGGAAACACCUUCGAGAAGUUGCUCCAAGGAUCUUCAAUGAAUUUUUAAGGCAGAAUGAUGAACCUUAUGCAGAAGGUGUUUUUAACUUUCCAGAUUUGACAUACAGGCCUAAAAUGGCAGAGUGUCACAACCUUUUUCUCACUUCUUCUGUGCUUCCGAGUUUUGAAAAAUUGUGCAAAAUAAUUCCUUCGGUAUCCUCUUUUAUUCCCAUUGUUAAAUUAAAUCUAGAAGCAUGGGUCACGAUAAGGAAUAAGAUCAAGAAGGAAAAGACUGAUAACAUUAUGGACGUUUUACUGACGGAAUUUGAAAUUCGAGAAGAACCAACUCCUGUAGCACCCCUACCCGAUGAAGCUGAAGAAUCGGACUAUUCAGAAGGGGAUGAUCAAUAAAAAAAAAAUUUGCCUAUUAUCUAAUAAUUUUAUUCUAUAAAAGUAUCGAUAUGUAAAAAUAACAAAUAAUGCUAAUUAAUUUGCGGUUUACUAUUUUGGCUAAUCAAGUAUUAUCAUGACACCUAAUUGUACAUUUAAUAAUUUGCAUGCAGCAAAUAAUACUUUAAUUCCGACGAAUUUGUCUUCAUAAUGAUGGCUUCAAGCAAUUUUUGUCAAGUCCUAAUGGAGAGUACUUAGUUAAUAUAUAAUAAAUUCCAGGAUUUGUAUUAUUAGUUGUAAAUAAAAUAAAUUAUUGCAGCAAAUGAAAAAUAAUGGACUAACUAAUAUUAAAUAUUUAAAUAUCAUUAAGUACUUCAGGAAUUAAAUAAAAUGGAGUAAUCAUAUUUCUGACUGGGCUGAAUUCCUGAUUCUAACUGAGACCUUUUCAAAGGAGAAGUCAUGGUGAAAAGUAUUCAAACCAAAAGCGUGGUGGUAGGUAGACCAAGGUGAUUUAAGAUGAACAAGCAAAGCCAAAAGUACUAACGUAAGCAUGGGAGAUCUUUCACUACCUACAAACAAUCUUAGAAUCUUUUAGAAUUUGGAAAAAAGGAAAGAAAUAUUUGUCAGAAAGAAUAAUGCGGGUAAGUCAUUCCAUUGUAAUAGUCAUAAUUCCAAUUAUCUAUUAAUAUUUUAAUUAAAAACUUUUCCCAUAGUCAUGUCUUCCUUGAUAAGGAUUUCAAUGACACCCAUCACUCCUACCAUGCCUAAUCCUCUCCCUAGAACUCCUACCACGAUAUGUAAUAGAAAAAAUGACAAGUCCUGUUCCCCUUAUGCCCUCCUCUCCUGUACUUAUUAACUUUUAAUACGGAAGUUAAUUUUCCUCUUUCUGUGUAGUUGUACUUUUACCCCAGUCACCACCCACAAUCCUGAAGUUGGUUACUAUACCGUAUUCAAUUGAUAUUUGUCAAUUCUUAAACUAUUUAAAAAUUGUGUUUUGUUGUGUCUAAAUCAUUACUGUGGUGUUACUCAAGGAUGUUGGUGCCUUAUAGUUCAUUUAUAGAGGGCCUAUUCUUUUCUCACUAGUUGUAUCAUUUUACCACCCUCACUGGUACAGACCAAAGUUACCAUUACUUCUGCAUAUUAUUCAAAAAUAAAAAGACAUUAAAUCAUUAAUGUUUGUUUUAAUGAACUAAAUUAACAGUCCUGACAGCACAUAUUUGAAUAUAUUUGCAUUGCUUAGAUUAAUCUGUAACUUUUUUUUUUUUUUUUU